AUGGCUGGCAACCCGGUACUGCGCGCAGUAUCCUACUACUACCGUCGUUAUUACGGUAAAAGUGAUGAGAAGUUUGAUCGUGACAAGUACCCAUUUCCUAUCGAUGCUGAAGAGCUGGACGAUUUAGACCUUGCACACCAUUUUCUGCGUGAAGCUUGUCGCGGUUCGCUAUUCUCUUCCCCUCUAGACCCGAAUGAUGGCUUGCGCGUGCUCGACCUGGGCACGGGCACUGGCAUUUGGCCCGUCGAGCUCGCUGAAGAAUACCCCAACAUCGUGGUGCAGGGAGUCGACUUCAACCGCAUCCAGCCUCUACGGAUACCGCGAAACAUGCUACUUCUGGAACUCGACAUCGAACAAGACUGGGAUGCGAUAGGUCAUGGAUGGGAUCUCAUACAUGUACGAACAAUGCUCGGAAGCAUUCACAACUGGAAGGAUCUCUAUUGUAGGGCAUUCAAGCAUCUUAAGCCACUGGGCUACCUGGAGCACGUCGAAAUCGACUGGGUUCCUCGAAGUCACGGCAGACCAUUGAUUGGAACUGCACUCGAUGUAUGGGCCGAUGCAAUAUUGACGGCAAUGGACAAACGAGGCCGUUCGAUGCGAGUCGACCCUGCCAGAACACGACACCAGCUCUGGGCGGCGGGUUUCACAGACAUUACCGAGUCGGCUACACGCAUAUGCUUCAGUGGAUGGUCUGGCGAUGUGCACGAAGAAAUGGUGGCUCGGUAUUUCAACGGGUGGUUCAAGCGCCGACUUCCGGCCAUGUCGUACCGGCCACUGAUGGAGACUUGUGGCAUGACGAAGGAGUUUGUGCAGCACCUCUGCGAAGGAGCAUACGAAGUCAGUCGCACUCUGCAUUAUGAAGCCUACUGCUUAUUAUACGUUUGGAUCGCAAGGAAAGCCUAA